CAUUUUAAACACACAUACUAUUUAAUUCAAAAAAAAAUAGUAUUAGGACAAAAGAACACAAAACACUUACAUAUAUCUAACCCAUUUAAACAAAUUUUAAAUAAAAUAAUAUAUAUAUAAAAAUUAAAAAAAAAAAAAAACAACAAAACACCCUAACCCACGAUGCUCUAACCCCAAAUAAAGAGAAAGAAAAACACUUUCUCCUUCCUCCUGCAGUCACCAGUUCGGCAGUGCCCCAAACAAACACAAAAAACCCAACGAAGCUGUCUCCUUCUGCCUGUAGUCCACCAGCGGCGGUGCCCAGCCGGUUGUUUUGAUUUUUCGGCGGCCUAAAGGUGUCCAAGCUAAGGUUAGUAUCAAUACUCUGCCUAGUUUGUUUUAGAUAGUUCUGUUUUGGAUAGGUUAGUAUCAUUCCUCCUUUCUAAUUGGAGAUUUUGUUUUUAAUUUUUCUUUUUUAAUCUUGAAUCCUAGCUCUUAUUUUAUUUGGAGAUUGCAACCUAAGCCAGAUUUGAAAAACAGUUUGGUCAUUGAAGCUUGAAUCGACCUCUCUUAUUUGUGUUGUUUCUAAGUGUAGUUAUUUUUUUAAUAUCAUAAAAUUAAAGCUAUGAUUAAUUGAUUAUAAGAAAGCAUGUAGAAAUCAAUCAAUAUUUCUCCCAAAAAAAAAAAAAAAGAGAGUAAUCCAUCAGUAAGUUACUUUGGUUACUUUGUGGUGUAAUGUUUGUUUUGUUACUUUGGUUGAUGUUUAGCCAUAUCUUGUUUGCAAUGAGUACCAAACGGGCAUCAUUCACUUCGGACAUUGUGACCAUACUUUUGGGAAUCUUGCCGGAUCAUGUCACCCCGGCUGGGGGGAAAGUUGAUUGGGAUAAUGUUGCAAAUAUUUUAAAUCAAAGAACAGGAAAGACAUUUUCAGCCGUUUCUGUUAAGAAUUGGUUCUCGAAUAUGAAAGAAAAACACAAAGCUUGGAGAGAAUUGAAGAGAUGGACUGGUCUUGGAUGGGGGCCGAAUAAUUGCCCUCUUGUUGAUCUUGAAUCAGAAAGAUGGCUAGCCUUUUCUAAGAAAUAUAAAGCCAACGGAAGAUCCCUUCUUAGGACUCCAUUCGAGAAUGAGCAAGAAUGGAAUAACAUUUUCAAAGGUGGUUAUGCAAGUGGUGAUUUAAGUUUUACACCUGCUUCACUUAGGCAUAAAGAACGGGAAGAUGUUGAUGAAGUUGAAGAUGAAGGAGUAGGUGACUCUGAUGAUGUUCCAGGAGAUGAAACCCAAACCCCCAACAUUUCCAUCCAGCCUCCUGUUGCCCGAAGUGACCCAAAAAAACGUAAAAGCAUUGACAGCCAGCCUUCUAGAAUUUCUGGUAAAAAGUCUAGGGAAGAGGAUAUUGAUGCGUGUCUUGAUGUACUGAGACGAUCUUCUUUGAGUCAAUCUUCUAAACCCAAAAAUGCUUUUGAUGAAGUUCUCAGUAUCUUGGACUCUUGAUAGCUUUCGCAAAACUCCCGGAUACCUAUGCAUGUUGGUGGGGAAACGGGGAGCCAAUGGAUUCAUAGGAUGGUGACAGGCCAUCAUAAUUUGUGUAAAGAACAACUUCGGCUAAGUAGAGAAAUAUUUAUAAGUCUUGCUAAUGUCCUCAGAGCACAACAAUUGUUGACAGAUGGUUCUGGUAAACAUAUGCACAUUGAAGAACAACUUGGGAUAGGUUUGUACAUGCUUGCCAAACCUGCUUCCGUUCGUGAUGUUGCUGAAAGAUUUCAACAUGGGGUAUCUACUAUUUCGAGGUAUUUCCACAAAGUGUUAGAGGCAUUGCAGACAUUGUCAACUCAAAUAAUUCGACCUUAUCAAAGUUUGAAUGAAACACCUCCUGAAAUUCAAAACAACAACAAACUCUGGCCUUUCUUUAAGGAUUGUGUUGGUGCCAUUGAUGGUACCCUCAUACAUGCAGUUGUUGCCGAUGCUAUGGGCAAGGCCCACAGAGAUCGAAAAGGGGAUAAAUCAUGGAAUGUGAUGGCAGUGUGUUCACAUAACAUGUUGUUUACUCACAUCAACUUAGGCUACGAAGGCAGUGCACAUGAUAGCAGCGUUUGGAAGCGAAGUUUAGGAGAAACAAGAAUGGGAUUCCCUCAUCCGCCGCCUGGAAAAUACUAUGUAGUUGAUUCAGCGUAUCCUAAUACACUCGGGUACUUAAGUCCCCAUACAGGACGUGAUUUGAGGUAUCAUUUGCCUGAUUUCAAGAGAUCAGGUCCUCCACAAGGAAUGUUUGAGCAUUUCAAUUACCUACACUCGUCUUGUCGAAAUGUAAUUGAGCGGAUUUUUGCGAUUCUGAAAAAUAGGUGGAAGGUUCUACAACCUAAAUUGAUGCCGCAAAUGGAAUUACGUUUUCAGUUGCAAAGAGAUUCCAAUCACGCACCAGGUUGAAGUCAUGGAGCGAAGAGAAGAUCAUACUAUGUACGAUCCUAACAGAAAAGCAGUUAUGGAUAUUGUACGACAAGAAAUAACUGAUCAGAUAUGGGAGUCAGUUCAGAGGAAUGCCGAGGUAAUGGAGGAGUUUGGUGGACAAGAAGAAGACGAAGAACUAACUGACUAUGAAAAUUAGUUUAAGUUGUGUAGUACUCUAAUUUUCUCAAUGAGAUUAACAUUAGAAAUAUGUUUCAAAAAAAUAGAACCAUUUGAACAAUAAAUUGUAUCAAUAUUAUUAUUAUUAAUUAUUAUUUAUUGAUUAUUAUUAUUAGUA